AUGAACCAUGCCACAAUGAAAUGGAACUUAGAUGAUGAAAUAAAGUUUUUUAAUCUAGUCUGUGAUUUCAAGCCUGCUGGCAAAAAUAAGCAGAGACACAUGAUAUCCAUCGUCAAGGGUAUGAACAAAGAAACAGCUGGAAAUACCAGGCAAUUUACUGCCAGUGACCUCUGGAGCAAACUCGAAACUUUAUACAAUUUAGAAGGCUUAGACGCUAUAGAAGAUGAAGAACAAAGUAAUGGUGAGGGUGGUGAAUCUGCUUCAGAUAAUGAGCCUGAUGUUAAUGCGGUUCCCAGAAAACAAUCUAUAGUAACAUCUAAAGAAAAGAUUAACCGCCAUGGAAGGAGAGCGAAACAUGAAAAGGCUAAAGACUCAACCAAGCAUCAUGAAAUCGAUCAAGUAGAUAGCAAAGGGCAAGCAGAAAAGGAAGCGGAUAUCCAAAAUGCAACUCUGGAAGAGCAAAAACCCGAAACUGGAAGCGAAGGGGAACAUGACGAACAACUGAAUAAUGGUACUGAUAAUGAAAUACAAGAUGAUGGAAGGAAAAUGGCUAGGGGCCAAAAAGCUCAAAUGCAGAAGGAAUCUUCGGCGCCGAAGAAAAGAACACGGUCAACGGCUAGAUUGGAGACUACUGAGUCCACUCCCAAACGAAAACAAGUUAACCAAACUUCCCCGCCUCUAAGCUCGCAGACUACUCCGAGCACUUCAAAGAGAAGGACUAGAUCAGAGGUGCAAGUCGAAGGAGAAGAUGUUGCCAACCAAGGUUUAGAUUUGGAACUUACACCUUCUCUGAAGGUUUCGAGUUCUGAACUAGUCAAAUCGGAGGAUGCAAUUGAUGAAGAGUCAUCCAGACCAGCUACACGAAGGUCUACUCGGUCUUCUCUCCCUUUACCUUCUCCUAUGAAGCCCACUUCACAAAUAAGAAGGAGCUCUCGAAAAAAGGUUUAA